AUGAAAUUCGAUCAACCAACAAGAAAUUACCAACCAGUACAGUUUCAACUUACAAAGGGGUCUUGGUUAUUUCGAUUGUGGGGCACACAAGGCGGGUUUCUCUAUAAUAAUAAUGGUGGUAAAGGUGCUUAUUCUGAAGGUUUAUUUAUUACAGACUACAAUAUCACUUUAUACUAUCAUGUUGGGAAAAUGGGUUCGUGCGCUAAUACUGUCAUUACAACAUCCACUUUUGAUGGUGGAAGUAAUUUCAUUGGAAGGGACAAUGAUAGAAGCUGUACUGGUGGAUCUGCUACAUUCAUUUCACGAGAUGAAAAUGGAGAACAGUUAUUAUUGAUUUCAGGAGCUGGAGGUGGCUCAGGACAAUAUGCAGCAAAAAAUGUUGAAUUUAUUGGCGGUUUUGGCGGUCCUUUUGCUGGUGACGGAGUUGGACAAGCAUUCCAAAUUGAAGAAAGUGAAGCAAUUAAAGUUCGAGGAAAGGGUGCUACUAGAAUUCAUCCUGGAGAUGGCGGUUCGCAUCCUGGAGGCACAAAUGAUAAGUAUAUCAAUCGUCCAGCGCUUGGAAAAAGAGGGGAAUACUUGAAAGGUGGCGAUGCAGAUACGGGAGCAAGUGGAUCUUCAGGCGGCGGAGGAAGUGGCUAUUUUGGCGGUGGAGGAGGUGCAGAUAUAGGAGGAGGUGGUGGAGGAAGCAGUUACGCAUCACCUGACUUGUAUAAUGUCAUCCUAUUAGGAGGUGACAAAGCAGUUGACUCUCCUUCAGCCACUCGUGAAGUUGGCCACUCCAAUAAUGGAUGCAUCGAAAUCAUCAAACAUAAUCCAUACACCAUUGAGAAGAACAACAACUCUUCCUGUAAUAGAAAAAUUGUAAGUAUUGUUUACUACUUCCAUUAUCCAACUUAUUUUUCCAUUCUCUUUCUUGGUUUUUUGUUUGAAAUAAAGUAA